GACAUGGACGGCGCUCAAACGGAACUACUGCAUCGUGAUGCGGCAUUCUGCAAUGCUCCAAAGUGAGAACAUUUCGUUGAUGAAGAAGAGUUGACGACUCGAGAUCAUUGCACGCUGCCAACCAAUCAGCACGCGCCCCUUCUUCGCACGUCACGACUCCGCUGACCAGUGAGCGCGCGCUCUGGGCUACAUAAGCCGCCUUCUCCUCCCCGCCUGUGAGAAUCUUUGCCCUCACCAAGCCAUGGCUCGCACCAAGCAGACGGCUCGCAAGUCCACGGGCGGCAAGGCCCCCCGCAAGCAACUCGCCACCAAGGCGGCCCGAAAGAGCGCUCCGGCCACGGGCGGCGUCAAGAAGCCUCACCGCUACAGGCCCGGCACCGUCGCUCUGCGCGAGAUCCGCCGCUACCAGAAGUCCACCGAGCUGCUCAUCCGCAAACUGCCCUUCCAGCGCCUCGUCAGGGAGAUCGCGCAGGACUUCAAGACCGACCUGCGCUUCCAGAGCUCCGCUGUCAUGGCUCUGCAGGAGGCCAGCGAAGCGUACCUUGUCGCGCUCUUCGAGGACACCAACCUGUGCGCCAUCCACGCCAAGCGCGUCACCAUCAUGCCCAAGGACAUUCAGCUCGCCCGCCGCAUUCGUGGCGAGCGCGCUUGA